UCCCUUCUCACCAUCAUGGCCUAUGACCGCUACGUUGCCAUCUGCAAACCCCUGCACUACGGGACCCUCCUGGGCAGCAGAGCUUGUGUGCACAUGGCAGCAGCUGCCUGGGCCAGUGGCUUUCUCAACACUUUUCUACACACGGUCAACACAUUUUCACUGCCACUCUGCAAGGGCAAUGCUGUGGACCAGUUCUUCUGCGAAAUUCCUCAUAUCCUCAAGCUCUCCUGCUCACACUCCUACCUCAGGGAAGUGUGGCUUCUUGUUGUUAGCUCCUGUUUAGUCUUUGGGUGUUUUGUGUUCAUUGUGGUGUCCUAUGUGCAGAUCUUCAGGGCCGUGCUGAGGAUCCCCUCUGAGCAGGGACGGCACAAAGCCUUUUCCACGUGCCUCCCUCACCUGGCCGUGGUCUCCCUGUUUGUCAGCACUGGUAUUUUUGCUCACCUGAAGCCCCCUUCCAUCUUCUCCCCAAACCUAGAUCGGGUGGUGUCCGUUCUGUACUCGGUGGUGCCUCCAGCAGUGAACCCCCUCAUUUACAGUAUGAGGAACAAAGAGAUCAAGGAUUCCCUGAGGAAAUUAUUUGACCAAGGAAUACUGCAGUAUCAAUAAGCAGUCUAUCAUCCUCAGGAGAAAGCUUGGAGGCUUUUUUUAACAUAUAUGUCUUGGUUUUCUUUUUGUUUAAUAUACUUCAAAUCAUAUUCCCACUGAAAGAAUAUUAUUUAUUGCCCUCUACCAGUGUUUUGUGGUGUAAAGUCCUCAUAUACAAAUGGAGCA